GAAGGCGGAGUGGCAUAACAACCCCAUUCACUUCCCCGUUAUCCUGUCAUGCCGGAAUGCGUCCGCGACCAAAGUUUUACAUGUACCAACUAAAUACGGAGUAAAACAUAAUCCCAAAGGUUUAAACUUCAUAAUACCAUGUAUUCAAAUCAUAUAAAAUUAAUCAUCGUUUUAUAAAAUACUUUACUGUACUAGAAAAAUGAUUAGCCUGGGUAGACCCAACAACAUCCGAGAUGCAAAGCGAAAGGAAGAAAGGGUAUGCGUGGGCGAUUUCAGCCGGUUUCAACGCUGCUCUUGCCGCCAUUUCUGCCAAAUUCUUUUCAUCCCAGUUGAAAUAUGCGCUGGUCGUGCUUUUCAAUGUCAUAAUGUGGGGAUGCUAUGUUAAUAGCAUGAAGUCUCUGUCGGCUUUACAAGCUACAGUGACAAACUUUGCUACAAACUUUCUAACUUCUGGGAUGUCUGGAUAUAUUCUCUUCAACGAGUCACUACCUCUUAAGUGGUUUGCAGGUGCUGCGCUAAUCGUAAUCGGUGUUGUUGUUCUAAGCAAGUCAAGCAUCGAGAAGAAGGCACACACAAGUUAGGUGAAUUUCUAUUGUAGGUAGGUUAGCAUCUCCCUAUGUGACUGAAUACUGAUCCAUGUUCUUAAUGUGAUACUGUAGUAAUUUUUGGCAAUGCCAUUUUGUUGUAAUGUACUUGUUGAACACUACCAUAUUAGUAUCUUUUUUCAUUUUGCUAAA